CGCGGGGUCAUUGCAGCGCAGGCGCAGUGCGGUGUUUGUCUACCCCGGGCUGACGGGCGGCCUGGUGGCGAGCGGCGGCGGGGAAGAUGGCGGCGUCCUCCCUGGAGCAAAAGCUAUCCCGCCUGGAAGCCAAGCUGAAGCAGGAGAACCGCGAGGCCCGGAGAAGGAUCGACCUCAACCUGGAUAUCAGCCCCCAGCGGCCCAGGCCCAUUAUUGUGAUCACUCUAAGCCCUGCUCCUGCCCCGUCCCAGCGAGCAGCCCUGCAGCUCCCACUGGCCAAUGAUGGGGGCAGCCGCUCACCAUCCUCAGAGAGCUCCCCACAGCAUCCUACGCCCCCCACCCGGCCCCGCCACAUGCUGGGGCUCCCGUCAACCUUGUUCACACCCCGCAGUAUGGAGAGCAUCGAGAUUGACCAGAAGCUGCAGGAGAUCAUGAAGCAGACAGGGUACCUGACCAUCGGGGGCCAGCGUUAUCAGGCAGAAAUCAAUGACUUGGAGAACCUGGGCGAGAUGGGCAGCGGUACCUGUGGUCAGGUGUGGAAGAUGCGCUUCCGGAAGACAGGCCACAUCAUUGCUGUCAAGCAAAUGCGGCGCUCGGGGAACAAGGAAGAGAAUAAGCGCAUCCUGAUGGACCUGGAUGUGGUACUCAAGAGCCACGACUGCCCCUACAUUGUUCAGUGCUUCGGCACCUUCAUCACCAAUACAGAUGUCUUCAUUGCCAUGGAGCUCAUGGGCACAUGUGCAGAGAAGCUGAAGAAACGAAUGCAGGGCCCCAUUCCAGAGCGGAUCUUGGGCAAGAUGACUGUGGCAAUUGUGAAAGCGCUGUACUAUCUGAAGGAGAAGCAUGGUGUCAUCCAUCGUGAUGUCAAACCCUCCAACAUCCUGCUAGAUGAACGGGGCCAGAUCAAGCUCUGUGACUUUGGCAUCAGUGGCCGUCUUGUUGACUCUAAAGCCAAAACGCGGAGUGCUGGCUGUGCCGCCUACAUGGCUCCUGAGCGAAUUGACCCUCCAGACCCCACCAAGCCUGACUAUGACAUCCGAGCAGAUGUGUGGAGCCUGGGCAUAUCAUUGGUGGAGCUGGCAACAGGACAGUUUCCCUACAAGAAUUGCAAGACAGACUUUGAAGUCCUCACCAAAGUCCUACAGGAAGAGCCCCCCCUCCUGCCUGGCCACAUGGGCUUCUCAGGGGACUUCCAGUCAUUCGUCAAAGACUGCCUUACUAAAGAUCACAGGAAGAGACCAAAGUAUAAUAAGCUACUUGAACACAGCUUCAUCAAGCACUAUGAGACACUCGAGGUGGAUGUGGCGUCCUGGUUCAAGGACGUCAUGGCAAAGACCGAGUCUCCAAGGACUAGUGGAGUCCUGAGCCAACACCACCUGCCCUUCUUCAGGUAGCCUCAUGGCAGCGGCCAGCCCCACAGGGGCCCAGGGGCAUGGCCACAGGCCCCCCCCCCUUUCCCACCUGGCCAAUCCAGCUGGCCCAUCAGGGGACCUGGGACCUGGACGGCUGCCAAGGGCUGAGGACAGAAAGUAGGGGGUACCCAUCCACCUUUGACUCCCUACCCACCAGCGGUGGACGGAUGGGCAUGCUGGUCCCUAAUUCUUCCCACUCUGGGGUCAGCCAGCUAUGCGAACCCACCCCACCCCGACAGACACUGUGAACAGAAGACAGCAGGCCAUGAGCAGACUCGCUAUUUAUUCAAUCAUAACCUCUGGGCUGGGGUGGCCCCUAGGGGCAGAGAGAAAGCCCCUGUCCCUCCCCCCCACACUCCCAGUGUCUGUCUCUUCCACCCUCUCUCACACUUGCUUGCUCAACAUCUUUCCCUCUCUCCCUUCCCUUCCUACUGCUGACCCUUUCUGGUUUCCUGUCUCCCUUCCAGCCUCUGCCUCUCUCCUAGCCUAAGCCUGGGCCCAGCCACUCCUACCCUCUGUGGAAGCCCCAGGUCCACCAGGCCUCCUCAAGUCCUUGCCCCAGGAUAGCUUUGUGGGCAUUGCGACUGCAGCCAAAUGGGUUGCUGUCUCUGUGUCUGUCUGUCUCUCUCUCUCUCUCUUUGAUCUCAGGGGGUCCUUUUUGGAGUUUAUUGUAUUUUAUUGUAUGGGGGGGGGCUUGUCCUCAUGGGGUGUGUCGGUACCUUCAGAAACUUUUACCAAAGUAAUGUUUAGCUGCUUGUGGUGGGCCCCUCCUCUCCGUUGCCCUGCUCAGGCAUUGCAGGGGUUGGACUGCUUGCUGCUGUUUGUCAGUUCUGGUCCAGAGAGACCAGGUUCAAUUGGGGGAUCCUCACAUGGGACUGGGGCUGAGUAAGAGCUCAGGUGGUACAGAGGGAGACCAAGGGGCCUCUGCCGCACAGAUGGCCUUCCGGAAAGGUGUCUUGAGGGGUGCAGGAGAGAACAGCAGGUAGGAGGGGGGACUGGAGGGAAUCAGUGACAGGAGUGAGGCUGAGGGGCAGGAGGGGUU